UCAGCAGAACAGCCAUGUUUGUUUCUAAAGCAGGUAUUGUGACAAUACUUAUUGAAAUAUACAUUUGCUAUCAAAGUGAGGGAAUACUUCUACAUAGUACAGAUGACAUAGUACAAGUGAUAACAGAUCUACAAAAUAAAGUUGACCAGUGUGCGAACAAAUCUGUUAACAUGGAAACAAAAAUUGCAGCUUUAGAAAGUAAAGUGAAAACAUUGGAAAGUGGCCUAGCAGAUGUACUGAGCAAUGCUUCAGGUCUACAGGCUAAACUCGCUGAAUCCGAGAGAAAAAGUGCUGUGUUGGAAAAUAAAAGCGCGGCGCUGGAAAUCGAAAUAUCACAUUUAAAGAGCAAUACAUCGAAUGUUGGCGUAACCUACGUGCGAUGGGGAAGGACCUCUUGUCCGAAGAAUGGAACGGAAUUUAUUUACAAGGGUUAUAUGGCAGGGUCUGACUAUAGUGAAGAUGGCGGCAGCUCCAACAACUUAUGUUUACCCGAGGAUCCAACUUGGUCGAAAUUUGUGGAUGGCUAUAACAAUGGAGGGACCAUACGUGGAACCGAAAUAGAACUUGAAAGUAAAGUUUCUAACGCUUUAUUUGGAAAACAAACAGUAAAUCAAGACAUUCCAUGUGCAGUUUGCAGAUCUACACGUGCAUCACAUGUCAUGCUUCCAGCACGUGCAAAUUGUUACACAGGCUGGACCAAAGAGUAUACCGGAUACGUAAUUGGGACAUUACCAGUAUAUAAAGGCAAGUCCGACUUUGUAUGUCUCGAUUCCGAAUUAGAGUUUGUCCCUCACGGAGCUGGCAAUGACGAAGAUCAUAUUGUAAGACCCUUAGAGGUAAUGUGUGGAACUCUAGGAUCCCUCCCUUGUCCACCAUUUGUCAACGGUAGAGAACUAGCUUGUGUCGUAUGCACAAAAUGAUAAUACAAAUAGCAAUGCAUACUGAAACUGAAACUGAAUAAUUUGAUUAAACGCCUAUUUUUAUACAAUGAUAUUUUCAAUGGCGUUGUACAUAAUAAUAAUAAUAAUGAUUGUACCAUAAUAGUUGUAAUCGUACUUGAUAUAAUAGAUGUUAAGUUGGUAGGACUACUAGUAAGCUAAUAAUUACCAAAUGUUUUAUCUUUAAUUAUUUAUAAAUAAGCGCGUGUAUUUGCCUACGUAAUUCAGGUUAAGAUGUUAUAAAAUGCUAUACACUGAAAUAUACGCCCUAAAUGAUCUGUUAGUUGUUGCCACCAACUACUUAAAGCGGCAUGCCUACAGAUCGUUCGACAAAAAAAAAAGUUAGAUAUCUUGAAAUAAAUGCUAUAUUUCUUAAGAAGGCUUUAGAACUUAAUUACUGACAAACUUUAUGUUACGGAAACACAUGAGAAUUUGCUGUUUUUACUACUUUUUACGAUGAAAAUCGAAAAGCGUUUGUCACGCUUUUACUCCAGGUAAACUGUCUUGAUUAUAAAUAUCUAUAUUUUGAAGUCAUUAUUCACUACUUCAGCUAUAGCGCUAUUGGUUACGACGGAAAAUGUCUUUAUUGCCGCGGCGGUCCGGGGUUCGGUUCCCGACGCUGUCAUCUUUUUUUCUUGAUUUGGAAUUUUUAAAAUAUUUUAGAAACAAAAAUUCAUAUUCUAAUGUUCAUAAUACGACCAAACUUGAAUUUGAAAGAAAUAUUAUUUUUAGCAUGCUGCUUAAAGUAUCGAAAUAUGCACUUUAUUACAUGUUAUCGCGAAUCAUACAGCGUAGUUAGUUAGAGACAACAUAUGAAUAGACAGGUUCGACAACUGCAGAUAGAUCAGAAGUGACAAGGAUUUUAUCAUUUUCUGUUACAAAAAUGAAAUACUUUAGUAUAUAAAGACUUGAUAAAAUAUGGUGAAAAAUGGAUUUAAUGAUUAUGUUCAAAUUAAAAUGUUUGCAUAGUAUUUUUUUUUAAUAGUAUUGGAAAAUCCAUAAAAAUCUUAAGAGC